AUGGUUUCGCAUUUUGGAUAUUGCUGGAGUAAAUGCUAAUGUAAUUUUUAAUGGUGUUCAACGAAAUAAAAUAAUGGAAAGAAGAAGAUUUUUAACAACUUUAGGUCAACAACUCAUAGAAGAACAUAUAGAACGCAGAGCUCAACAGCAAUGUUUACCGAGAGAACUUCGUAGUGUAAUUUUUAGAGUUUCUGGACUUCAGGAACCAGUACCGCCAAAUGAUCCGGAGCCACCACAAGGUAAAAAGAGGGGAAGGUGUAAGGUAUGCCCUUAUUCAAAAAAUCAAAAGAAGGAAAGCUCAAAGUGCGAUAAUUGUCAAGGAUUUAUUUGCAAGAAUCAUUCACGCAAGAAGGUGUUGUGCGAAAAUUGCAUUGAAAAGUAGCAGCCAUAAAGCCUAAACUUGACCACUCCGUAUAAAAAAAUUGAUUUUUUCUUUUAUUUUUCUGUUAAUACGAG